AUGUCAGGAAGCAGGAGACCUGACCAUUUGAAAUUUGAUGAUGAUGAUGAUAAUAUAUCCGUUUAUAAUAGAUCACAAAAUUUAUCAAAUGGUUUAGAUACUAUAACUACAUUUGGUAAAACAAAUUGGAAAAAUAUUAUUAUUAUUGCUUUUAUUGCUUUUACAUCUAUUGUACCUGAAUCAACUAUAACACCUAUAGAAUGGGCAUAUUUACAGAUAUCGGAUUCUAAAGUUGAUGAAGCUUUUUAUGGAUAUUUAACAUCGGCAAAUGCCUUAGGUCAAGUUAUUAGUUCUACAACAUCAGGAUUUAUAUCAAAUCAUAUUCAACAAGUAAAAGCACCUAUGAUAUUUGGUUAUUUUAUAAUAUUUAUUUCAUGUGGAAUAUAUUUAUCAUUAGAAUUUAUAUCAGAUAAUCGUAGAUUUGUUUUUUUACUUUUUGAAUUUACAAUAGGAAUAGCUACUGGUUGUAUAAGAAUGUAUCGUGUUCACAUAGCUAUGGCAGCAAAUGAUAAAGAUAAACCAAAAGCUUUUGCUAUUGUAUCAAUAGCCACAGUAGUAGCAUUAAUAAUUGGACCACUUAUUCAAUAUAUUAUUGCUUUUGUAUUUAAAUAUCCAGGUGUUUCAGUAAUUGGAAAUCUUCAUCUAAAUAUUUUUACAGUACCAGGAUAUUUAAUAUUAUUUUUUUCAAUUAUUGCUAUUCUAAUAUUAACUUUAUUUUUUAGUUCAAAAGAUACAAUGAAAAAUAGUGAAGCAAUAAUUAUAAAUAAAAAAAUUAAUGAAAUUCAGAUGGAAGAUUUAGAUGAUAUAUCUAUUGGUAAUGGACAUUCAUUAUAUGAUACAUUAAGAAAAAAAAAAGAAAUUGCUAAAAAACAAAUAAGACUUGAUUAUUUAGCUAUAAUGACAUGCUUUAUAAUAAAACUUGCAGUUACCACAACAGCAAUAUUAUUGCGAACGACUAUGAUUCCAUAUAUUCAAACUGUCUUUGCAUUUAAUGCUAAACAGCUAGUUAAAUAUACAACUUUUAUACAAAUUUCAAUUGCAAUACUAUCAUUAAUAUGUUAUUUAAGUUAUAUAUUCUUUAAAAUUAAUGAAAAAUUAAAAGAAAAAGUUGUAAUUAUUAUUGGAUUAAGUUUAUAUAUAUUAUUUUAUUUGGUAACAUAUCCAUGGAAUUUUUAUUCAUAUACAAUUCGUGAUAAUUUAGAUAAAAAUAUGGAAAUUGAUUCACGAAUCAAUUUUAAUGCUACUGAUAUAUGUAGGUAUUCAUGGUGUUCGACGACUCUCUCAAUCAAUGGAUGGGUUAUUUUCCCAGCAAUUAUUAUAGUUAUUGGAAUUGCCUCACCUUUAAUAUUAAUAAAUCUUGAAGUAUUAUAUUCUAAACUUUUAAAAACUGUAAAACAAGGAACUAUGCAGGGACUUUUUAUGUCUCUUGGAGAUCUUUUAUCCAUCUUUUGUCCAAUAUUUUAUAAUAAUUUAUAUGAAAUGUCUGGACCAAAAACUAUUUGGAUAAUCCAAUUAUUUAUUAAUAUUUUUACUCUUUUGAUUAUAUUACUACUUUAUAAUCGACUAUCUCCAAUAGUUUCAAUAAUAACAACAAAAAAAUAA